AUGGUGCAGAAAUCUCCCUAUGGCUUCAUCUUGUCGCCACACGGCCCCAAGCGAGUGGCCUGGGAUUUCCUCUCUAUGUUGCUCCUUUUCUACGACGUUGUUACCAUUCCGCUGACAGCCUACGAUCCUGAACCCACGACGUUUACGGAUACGAUGGAUUGGAUCACGCAGAUCUUCUGGACAUGUGACAUUGGAAUGUCCUUGAUCACGGGCUUUGUCCAAGAAGGCAACGUCAAUCUCUAUCCGUGGCCAAUCUUUAUCAAUUAUCUGAAAACGUGGUUUAUCCUCGAUCUGCUGGUCUGUGGCCCGGACUGGAUCUUCACCAUCGUGAACAUCUCCGGAUCGCAAGGCUCAACAGACCCGGGGUCAGUCAACAGACUCUUGCGAUCGCUCCGAGUGGUGCGGACAGUGCGGCUGCUUCGACUUGUGAAACUGAAGAGGAUCCUUGCGAUGAUCAAGGAUCGCAUCACAUCUGAGGCUGUGUUCAUUUUGGUGAACAUCUGCAGAAUGAUAGUUAUGCUGCUACUGGUCAACCACUUCAUCGCCGCGACGUUUUACCUCAUUGGAAGCCUCGGGGAGCCACAGAGGAACUGGCUGGAUGAGUACAACAUGCAGAAGUCGCAAGCGGAUCUCUUCUUCCGCUACAGUACUAGCCUCCACUGGUCUCUGACGCAGUUCACUCCGGCCUCUAUGGAUGUCCACCCCCAGAAUGUCGCGGAGCGCUGCUUUGCCAUUAUGGUUUUGAUUGCCGGCCUGGUUCUCUUCUCAUCUUUCAUCAGCUCCAUCACGGGGUCCAUGUCGCAGCUACGCAACAUGCAAGCCGACAAAUCCAAGCAGUUUUGGCUGCUCCGGCGCUACCUCAAGCAACAGAAGGUUCCCAUGGACUUGUGCUUCCGAGUACUCCGCUACAUCGAGUAUGCCACCAGCACUUCUCAUGAUCGUGUUCCGGAGGGGCGAAUCACGAUCCUGAGCGCCCUCACCGAGCAGCUCAGGAACGAGCUGACCUUCUACACCCACUACCGCAAUCUCAAGAAGCACCCUGUGUUCCAUCAGGUCGCAGGGAUGAACGAGGCCAUUCUCAACCGUAUGAGUGGGCAGACCUUGAGUUCCGUGGACCUGGCCGCUGGCGAUCCAUUGUUUAGUCUUGUUGAUGCCUCCAGACACAUGUUCUUCAUCGAGACCGGUGGCAUUCGCUACACCGUGCAUGAAGCUUCCAAAAAGGAGGCCUCAAAGCGAAGGAUGACAGAGAUUUUAUCUGAUGGAGACUGUGACCCCAGUCUGUCAACAGUGUUGGGCAAGGCAGACUACCUGUGCGAAGUAGCUCUGUGGAGCUCCUUUCAACACAUUGGAGUCGCCCAGGCCAUAGCGGAGGCCAGCGUCAUUCGUAUUGAGAUCCUCCCGUUCUGCGAGUUAGUGCAGAAGGACUCGGAGCUGCGAGAGCUGCUGACGCUUUAUGCGCACCGGUUUGUCGAGUACAUGAACACGAACGGCAUCGAGUGGGUAGAGGUCAGUUUCAAGGGUGCCAAGAACUUCACCGAUGAAUUCUUCCAGGCACAGUGA